CCCGGGCUGGGUCCACGGCGGAGGGGAUUCACGGCUGGCGGCAGCAGUGGCGGCACACUGUCCCCGGCAGCGAGAGAGAGGCUGUGUCACCACAGCGCGGCGGAGGAGCAGAGCUUCUGAGAAUGAGAGACAGGACGACCCUCGCUGGUGGCUGUGCUCUUCUGCUCCCCCUAGUGGUGGGGGGUGGGAGCCAUGGCUGCGGCGUGAGGAGGUGUCCCGCAGGCUGCAGGCCGUGUUACAUCACAUGGAAGUUGCAGAAAUGCUGCGAUGUUUGCAGUCCUGCUGCGCUUGAGGGUUACGCGGACCUGUUCGCCCAGCCCUCCCCUGCCGUCCCGCUGCAGUGGACCUACCGCGACGGCCGUCUGGUCAACCUGCCCGUCAGCCUACUGGUGGAGGGCGACAUCAUCGCUCUCAGGCCUGGCGCGGCGGCACCCGCGGAGCUGAGGGGUGUCCAGGAAGCGGAGCAUGUGAUGCUGUCCCGCAACGACGUCUUUAGCCGGCUGUCUGCGCCCCCCUGCCCGCCGGGCAGUAGUAGGCCCCGCCCCCGCAAUCUCCUCAGACCGCAGCUCUUCCGGGUGAUCAGGACGCCGGCCGUGGACAGCAUUCAGCGCUGCCUAGAGCUGGGGCAGAGGCGGCCCGUCACCGUGUUGGACAACGAGCGCUACGCCUCUCCUGCUGGAGAGGGCCGGGGCGCCACUUGUGCUGGUGGCGCUGCUGGUGCUGAACUCAGCUCGGUAUUUUUUCAGUGCCCCAGGUGUGGCACCGUGGCCUGUCACUCUUCUGCAGUUACCGGGGACGAGGACGAAGAGGAGCCAUCAGGUCCAGGAAACCCCCUACUUCCCUUGAAGGACCAUAUCUUCCUGGGCCUGGUGUCCUCGCAGUACCAAGCGCGGCCAGACAUGGUGCGACUCAUCAGCAGCUGCGAGAGAGCCUGCAUCCGCUUUGUCUACUUCUCCAAAGAGGAGGAAGUGAGGAGUAAGGUGUUUGCCGAGAGGAUGGGCCUGGAGACGGGCUGGAACUGCCACAUAUCGCUGCAAUCAGACUGCUUCCCGCAGGACACUGAAAGCCUGGAGGACCCUGGCAGGGAGGAGUGCGGGGAGCAGGGCUGCGGGGACAGCCUCUUGGACGAGGACGUGAGGCAGGUCGACAGAGAGGCAGGACGUGCUCUGGACAGCGAGGGAGCUUGUCUGAUCACGGAUUUGAACAGGGCCAAGCUUCCGAAGGGCAUGCAGAACAUACGUCCCCACCUGGAGAACGUCGAUAACGUCCCCCUACUGGUGCCCCUCUUCACCGACUGCACCCGCCAGACCAUGUGUGAGAUGGUCCAGGUCAUGCAGGAGUAUGGAGAGGUGGUCUGCUGCCUGGGGAGCAGCCAGAACAUUAACAACAACGCUGUGUUCUUGCAGAGCGAUGUGAGCAUAGCCCUGGAGCCCCUCCUGCCCUCCAGCUAUUGGACAGCUGCCGGCCCGCCUGCCACCCAGCUUCCAUGUGGUCAUUUGGCCCACAGCUCCCCAGCACAGCUCUCCAGCGCCCUCUGUGGCCUUCCGUGCACCAUUCACCUGGGCCCACAGGAAAACACCACCAUCAUCCGGCUCAUAAAGCAGUCCCGCCACAUGACAGCAGGGAUCAGGAAGUGCUUUCUGCUCCUCUUACAGUGUCAGCUCUCUCUAGUCCUCCUCCAGAUCCUGGCCUGUGCCUGUCAGCUGCCCCCUCCCCUGAGCACCAGUGAUGUGCUCGCUCUCUCCUGCCUCUACUCUCCUCUUAUCAGCAUUUCUCUGAUCUGCAGACCUACAGACGGGUCCAUCAUGAAGGUUCCCACUGGCAAGAAUGCUCUCUUUUUGCCUAAAAAGACCCAGAGAUUCUUCAUGCUGUACUUCCUGGUGAAGUUUGGCCCCACCGUGAGUGUCUGCCUGACCUGUUUCGGCCUCAUGCUGCAUGGGUUCUGCCUCCGCAUAAACGUCGCCGACCCUUUGCGCUGCCAUCUGGCCGCAGUGCUAACGAACUCCACGGACUCGUUCCCUGACUGGUUUGGGGAGCAGUCUGACGGCCUUACUCUGGCACAGAACAUAACCGCUUUCUUCGUGCUGCUGUACGCCAUGUCUACGUCUGUGAGCCAUGUCCACCACUGUGCCCCCGUAUGGAAAAAGAGUCCCUUCAACAACAGCUACUGGUGUGCAGCUCUCACUGUCGUAUCUGUCAUACAUGUGAGUGCAGCUGUAGGCUUCCAUGUCCUCGGGCGGGAUCUGACCGCUCAUGAGCGACGUCUCGAAGGCCUCAUGGCUUCUGGGUCUACUCUGGCCACUCCCUCUGAUCUGCAUCAGCGAGGGAGCCAAGCUUCGCGAGAUCAGAAUGAGAGUGAGAUAUCAGGAACGACAGAAGCUGCAGUUUGACACCAAGCUUGGAAUGAAUUCUCCCUUCUAGAAAAACACAGAAAAUGGGAAGCACAUCACUGCACUACUGACUACCACCCACUUUGUGUUUUGUGAAGACUGAUAAAGACCAGUAGCUACAGAAAUGUUCUUCCAUCCUCUGUCUACCAGCUUUGCUUUACUAAUAAAUACUAUGAGAAUGUACAGCGAUAUAUAAUAUACACAGAUAUACAAAGCAUGGUACUGAUUCCAAAUGUGAAACUGAGCUGGUAUGUAUUAUAAAAAUGUUCAGCGUUUUAAUUUCGUAGCCGAAUUUUUAUGUUUUAAUAAAAUCUUUGUAACAGAG